GUACUAAACUAUCAAAUAAGAAGCUGAUUUUUCUUUCAAAGAAAUUAAUAUACUUGCAAAUACGCUGAUACCAUAAUGAGCAUUUCAAAUCAAUUAUUGUUUUUCAUAUCUUUGCUUAUUUACGGUGCUGUCGGAAUUGAGACGAAGAAUUGCAGUUACAGCGAGCCUUCCAUAUCUUACUUGGAUGCUGCAGUGGAUAUGAUUGCAAAAGCGAAGGUGGCUUUCCCAGUCUGUGCACCCGUUUUGGCGAAGGAAGAAACAAAGCCCAUGGAUUGCGCAGAUGUGUUGGCCAAUGGCCACAACGAAAGUGGCGUUUAUACCAUCUGGCCAAAGAGUCGAGUGACCGAAGACAGACCACUAAACGUGUUUUGCGAUAUGGACACAGAGGGAGGAGGAUGGACUGUGAUACAGAGGAGAGGAAAUUUCAACAGAUCGAAACAUUUUUUCUACAAGGGUUGGACAAGUUAUAAGAAUGGUUUCGGAGACAUUGAAAAAGACUUUUGGUUAGGAAAUGACAACAUAUUCGCUUUGACCAAUCAACGUUUGUACUCAAUUCGCUUCGAUCUGAAAGCAGUGGACGGAGAAGAGAGGUAUGCCCUUUACGACAAGUUUUGGAUCGAUGACGAGGUCAACAACUACACAUCGCACAUUAAGGACUAUAGUGGCACAGCAGGUGACUCAAUAAAUUACAAACACGACAAUCAGAAAUUUUCUACAAAAGACAGAGACAAUGAUAAUCACAAAAAUAACUGCGCUAGCAUAUACAAAGGUGGAUGGUGGUACAAUGCGUGUCACGACUCGAACUUGAAUGGUGUGUACCACAGAGGGCCACAUGAAAGCAUAGCUGACGGUGUCAACUGGAAAUCUUUUAGAGGGCACAAAGAGUCUCUUGACACUACUGAAAUGAAGAUCCGCCCUAAAAACUUUAGAAAGAAACUAACUUUCAAUGAAAAUAUCUGAUAUUGUACAAUGAAACACU